AUGAAGGGGCGUGGCCAAUGGUUGCUGGGGCGACGAGGGGGCGGGCGUUGCCGGGGAGAUCCAGGGAGGAAGGUGGAGGAGGCGAAGCCGGAGCCGGAGCCAUUUUCCCCCCUUCGGCCGCGGCGAGGAGGUGCUGGAGUGGGAGCGAGAGCUACACAGAGCUGGACCCCGCGGCUCCGGGGUGAGGAGGGGGCGGGGUCCCCGAGGAAAGACCCCUACACACACACACACUACCUUCCCGAGAAACUCCCCCAGGGGUCCACUGCCCUAUCCCGCAGAAAGCCCCUUCAAAACCGGCUGGCUGCCCCCCCCAGACCCCCUGAGGGCCCGGGGGGAGCAGAGCCCUCCCCCACCCAGGGUUUCGAGGCGCCUUCUCGGACCUCGGUGGGCCCUUUACGCCCCGCAGGACAACGGGGAGGGGGCGGCUUCCUACUGCAUCAGGCGCCUACCCCCCUGCUGCCCUUUGCGGGCUUGUUCCCUGGGACACGUGGCCUGGCCCCCUCCCCUAGGUUAGCCAGCAGACCUUUCCCCCCACGCCCUGCCCCCCACUCCGGACCGUGCUUAAGUCUGGAGACUUAUCCGAUCCCUUCCUUUGGCUCCCUGGAAAACCUGAAGAGCUCCCGGGAUCAGCUGCCCUCUGUAGGGACUGACCCCUCCCCGGCGUCCGGGAGCAGCCCCUUCCCGCCCCCCAGUGACCUUCUGCCUCCGAGAAUCGCCCCUCUCGCAGCCCGCCCAGCUCAGGCCCCUUCUUCCCCGUGGCCCUCAGCUGUCCUCCUGCCACAAUGCCCGCUUGGUUCUGGAGGAGGGGAGGGCUCCUUCCUUCCUGCCCCUGCCCCACCUCUGGCCUUAGCCUCCCUUACGGUGAGCGAGUCGGAUCCCGGACCCUUCCCCCCGAAACGCUGA